AAGUUAAUGAAUAAAUGAGAAAUAACUUAAUCAAUUAUUCUAAAGGAACAACUCGAAAGGUAGAUACUUCUCAAGCAGAUAUUCAAGGAACAUGAACAAAAUGAAGACGAUUUUUUGCAUAUUCGUUUGCAUUACUGCAUUCAAUGCAUCUGUUUAUGCUUCAUCAGUUAAAGUGCUAAGAGUACCAGAUGCAAACAAUGUAUAUGAUAGAGUUGAUCCAAUGACGUCAAAAGGCUCGGUGCAUUAUUUAGGGACUUUUAACACAACGGAAGAGUGUGAAAAAGAAUGUAUUAAACAGGCAGAAAGAUGUUGGUCAUAUACUUAUUACUCUCUAAAGUUUACAGGAUACAAUGGACAAUGCUUUGGGAGAAUGGAAGACCUCCAGUGGUCACCUAUGAAGCAAGAAGAUAUCGACUCGGGACGAAUCCUAUGGCCGUGUAGAAGCAACAUGGACUGUAGUCUGAAUGGUGAAUGCCUGGAUGGGAUGUGUAAGUGUGACCCGGCAUGGAUGUUACAUAACUGUGAUGUGUUAAAUCUACUCCCAGCAAAUAAAAACACGGGGUACAAACAAAUGGAUGAUGGUGCUCCGACUUCAAGCUGGGGCGGUCCUGUCGUACGUGAUCCUGUUGAUGGUACAUAUCACAUGUUUCCUGCCGAAAUGACUAGACAUUGUGGUAUAAAUUCUUGGAUAGUGAACAGUCGUAUUGUACAUGCUAUGUCUGAAACGCCGACGGGGAAAUAUAAACGCAUUGAAGAGCAGCAACCACCCUUUGCUCAUGAGCCAGAUGUCAUCAAUGGGCCCAGAGGAGAGGCGAUCAUGUACUGGUCUGCUAUGAAGCAUAAGAACAAUGAUACACUUUGUAACUGUUCUGAUGGGUCUACCCCUCCCAGUUGUCAACCCGGAGUGAUUACCUUCACAACGUACAUGAGCAUGGCUCCACGCCCUAGGGGACCCUGGUCUAAGCCUGUUGUGAUCUUUCCUACAGCUCCAGGUGAUAACAACCUUGCGAUGGUUAUCCUCAAAAAUGGAACUCUGGUUGGGUUUAGCAGAACAUGGGGGCCGAGAGGAUCUAGGAUACACCUGUUAAGGGCUGAAAGCUAUCUUGAUCCAAGCACUUACAAGCAAAAUCCUGAAGAACUCUGGCCUUUCCUUCCAGCUCCAGGGACCGAAGACCCAUUUGUGUACAUUGACAAAAGGGGAAAUUUCCAUGCGAUAUUUCACAACAAGUAUCCAAGUAACGUACAGGAAAGUGUUGGAGGACAUGCUUUUAGCCCUGAUGGUAUAAACUGGCAAUAUGGUGGUAGGGCUUUUGGAAAUAAGGUCCAGUUUACGGAUGGCACUGAAUUUGAAUUCACGCGUCGUGAACGUCCACAUUUUGUAUUUGAUAAAGAUGGGGUCACUCCACUUGCUUUAACAAGUGGAGCCCAAUAUGGGGGCAAAUAUAAUGAUGCAUGUUACACUCUUUUACAACCAGUAAACCACUAAU